GUCCGCAGACCCAAGAAAAUACACCCUCGGCGCUCUCAGUAAUCUGCACCGUCUCGAACUCCUCCGUGCUUAAACCCUAACUCUGUUUGCCUGAAAUAAAUCCUACAUUCGGUCGCCAUGAGUAAGCCAAUGGAUGAAGAUACCACUGGGAAGAAUGAGGAAGAGGAAUUCAACACCGGGCCACUCUCAGUUCUCAUGAUGAGUGUCAAAAACAACACCCAGGUGUUAAUUAACUGCCGAAACAAUAAGAAGCUUCUUGGGCGGGUGAGGGCAUUUGAUCGUCACUGCAACAUGGUUCUUGAGAAUGUCAGAGAGAUGUGGACUGAGGUGCCAAAAACUGGAAAAGGAAAGAAGAAAGCUCUUCCCGUUAACAAAGACAGGUUCAUCAGUAAGAUGUUUCUCCGAGGAGACUCAGUUAUCAUUGUCCUGAGAAAUCCAAAAUGAGAUAUAGAAGUUUCUUCCGUCUGCACUAGGUCAGACACCGCGAUGACUAAUAUGACCUUUGUUUUAAAGAAGCAAGAACAAGAAACUCGUACGCCCUAUGUGCGAUUUUACUUGAACCUAUUCUAAUACUCAAACAAAACCUCUAGUUUUUCUAAAUUCUAGAUGGAUUGCUCAUGUAGUAAAGUUAUUUUUCUUUUCAAAAUUAGUAUAUUAACCGUGAUAUUUACGGUGGGAUCGUGUUGUCAAGCUGGGUUGGACGAACCAAUUUUGCACGAAAUGUGCCUUCUUGCCCUGUGGAAUAGCUCUCUUUUGGCAACAUUAGACCAACCCGAUGAGCCUGCGGGUACGUGGAGACAAAAUAUAACAUAAAAUUAUGCGUGCCUUACAGAAUAGGAAACUAUUGUACUCCAGAAAGCCAAUAAAUCAGAUUGUUGGUUGGUUGUCUA